AUAGAAACAUGGUUGGCGAAAUUAACAACCUCACCCUUAAGUCACAACCAAAACAGCCCCCUAGCCUGUUAGGCUACUCGGCACCAAGAACAGACGGGCAAGUGCACUUGCACCUUUAUAUAAAGGAAUCCACCAGCAUCAUCAGCUUUGGUUUCUUCUCCUUGUACAUACGUCCGCAAGGCAUUCUCAAGUAUAGCCGCUGCCUUUCCCCUCCUCCUCCACUCCAUCCAGAGGCUUCAGAUGGCUCAGAAGGUGGUGCUGAGGGUUCCAACCAUGACUGACGACAAGAUAAAGCAGAAAGCCAUUGAAGCUGUUGCGGACAUUUACGGUAUUGAUUCCAUAGCAGCGGAUCUGAAGGACAAUAAGAUGAUCAUAGUAGGCGAAAUGGACACUGUGGCAAUUGCAAAGAAGUUAAAGAAGAUUGGGAAGAUUGACAUUGUGUCUGUUGGACCUGCAAAAGAAGAAAAGAAGGAAGAAAAGAAAGAGGAGAAAAAAGAGGAAAAGAAAGAAGAGAAGAAAGAAGAGAAGAAAUGAUAAAACUACAAAGCAUAUAGCAAUAUAGCAUCACCACAUGGUCUCGCUCCUGUCUGCAGUUACAAGAGCUUUGACUUCGGAUAGAUGUUUUUAUGUGAAGUUACUACGUAAUAUUAUACUGCAGGGUACAGAUUAGUUAAAAAUAAAAGUGUGAUAUGUGCAUCACUUUUACCA